UGUGUGUGUGUGUGUGUGUGUGUGUGUGUGUGUGUGUUUACAGAGGGUGUGUGUGUGCGUGCGUGCAUGUGUUUGUGGAUGCGUGACUUUUCUUUCGUCACUGACAGCGACGGCUCCAAAGGGACCCGCUGUGUACUCUUACAUAAAAGACACACGUACUCACCUGGGUGUGAACCUUCAUUUACAUGUUCAAACGCUUCUACGAGAAGCAGCUGUCAGCACAACCUGCAUCCUGGACCUGAAGACCAGAAAAUGGAAACAUGGACCAGUCUCGAGGACUUCACUGGGACUCUGGAGGCUCCACAGAGAGCCAGCCUGUGGAAAGUCCAAAACAAAAGUCCACAUCAGGACCUGAGUUCCUCAGUCUGGCUCGCUGCGCGGGCUGCUACAACCAUCAGAAGAACUCCAAGUUCCGGUGGGGGGACGACAGCGAGUCCAGCACUUCAGACGAAGACUUGGAGACGGACUUGGAGUCAGAACCAGAGUCUAGCUGCAGCUCCAGCAGCUCUGAUCAGGUUUUAGAUGAAAUACCCGAGAAGCCUGCAACAGAAGAGCCCUCAGCUGUGUCGGGAGACGCUACAGAGCCGCAAUCUGGAGGACGGGACGGUGACGGACAAGCGGGGGAGACAUCAGAGAGUCAGGAAGAUAAAAAGAGGACGAAGAAGUUGAUUCAAAGAGCUCCACUUGUCAAGUCCCUCUCCUUGCCCGACUCUUUUACUCAUCACCUCACCCCCAUGUCCCUGCUGCCGCGCCCGCCCAGAGUCGUCUCCGUCCUCAACCUGCAGGUGUUGCAGCAGAAACCCGACAGCGACACCUUCUACAAGCUCUGCCGGCACCUGCCUGAGAGAGAGGAGGGCAAAACAGAGGAGAGUAAAGGAGGAAUCAACAAUCCGCCGCCUCUGCAGCCAUUUCAGCAGUGGCAGCAGGGGUUACCGGGGCAACGGAGCUCAGGGUCAAAGGUUGCCGCCACCACCACCGCCACCACCCCCGCACUCACUUCCUGUGUUUCCCCCCCCGACGCUCCACUCACUCCUGCAGGCUCAGACACAUCUGCACGCACUCGCCCCGCAAACAUGCUGGUACUGUUACCGUACGCACUUUCCUCACACGUGCUUGAGUAA